CGCAAUGUCCUGUCGCCUGGCAACACGCACCGUGUGAUUCAUUGUGAGGUUGAGUUUAGAUGGCUUAGCUUAGCUUAGUUUGGCUAAUGUGACUUAAUAUAAACAUGACUCUAACUCGGAUACACGUUAACUUAUCUAUUAUACGCUUGUAACAAUUUAGUAUAUACAUCAUACAACCAAUCCGACCAUGAAGUUGCUCCAUAAAGACAUAGAAAAAGACAAUGCCGGUCAGGUGACUCUGAUGCCAGAGGAGGCGGAGGAUAUGUGGCACACAUACAACCUGCUGCAAGUGAGGGACAGCCUGAGAGCCUCCACUAUCAGGAAGGUGCAGACAGAGUCACCUACUGGAAGUGUGGGCAGCUCCAGAGUUCGCACUACUCUGACCUUAUGUGUGGAGACUAUCGACUUUGACUCCCAGGCCUGCAAGCUGAGAGUAAAGGGCACUAACCUAGAGGAGAACCAGUAUGUCAAGAUGGGGGCUUACCACACUAUCGAGCUCGAGCUGAACAGGAAGUUUACUCUGGCUAAAAAGAGCUGGGACAGCGUUGUGCUGGACAGAAUCGAGCAGGCAUGUGACGCAACCCAAAAGGCAGAUGUGGCGGCCGUGGUGAUGCAGGAGGGUCUGGCCAACCUGGUGCUGGUGACACCCGCCAUGACUCUGCUCCGUGCAAAAGUGGAGGUCACCAUUCCUCGCAAGAGAAGGGGGAGCUGCACCCAGCACGAGAAGGCUCUGGAGAGGUUCUAUGAGGCUGUGAUGCAGGCAAUUCUUCGCCACAUCAAUUUUGAUGUGGUGAAGUGCAUGCUGGUCGCCAGUCCAGGGUUUGUGAAGGACCAGUUCAUCACCUACCUCUUCAGAGAGGCGGUGCGACAGGACAACAAGAUCCUGCUGGAGCAUCGACCCAAAUUCAUGCUGGUACACUCGUCAUCAGGUCACAAGUACUCACUCAAAGAAGUCCUCUCUGACCCCACUGUGACAAGCAGGCUUUCUGAUACCAAGGCAGCAGGAGAGGUGAAAGCCCUGGAAGAUUUCUACAAGAUGCUCCAGCACGAGCCUGAUAGAGCCUUUUAUGGAAUAGCUCAUGUGGAGAAAGCUGCUGAGUCUCUCGCCAUCGACACCUUAUUGAUAAGUGAUAAGCUGUUCAGACAUCAGGAAGUCCCCGUGAGGAGUCGUUACGUUCGGUUGGUGGACAGCGUUAGAGACAACGGCGGCGGCAAUGUCAGAAUAUUCUCAAGCCUUCACGUGUCUGGUGAACAACUGACUCAGCUGAGUGGAGUGGCUGCCAUCUUGCGGUUUCCCAUUGCCGACCUAUCGGAGCCCGAGGACGACAGCAGCUCAGACGAAGACUGAUCCACAGAUACGGAGCGGAAAAGAAGAGGAAGGUCGUCCAGUGUUGCAGAUAACACGAGAAUGCAUUGACUCAGUGGGUUGUAAAACAAUAAAACUGCUGUGUUAUACUCUACGUAUUCCACCUCUGCAACAUCAACACCUCUUUCAAGCCUAAUCUACACACCUGUUUUCUUAAAGAGGCCAUGAUUUCAAAUUAUUUUAUUUUCCGUUUUUGGUGCUUCGCUGCUUUUGGUUUGAAGGUGACGGUGUGUUUGAAAAGGUGCAGAUUAAGAAUGCCAAUGAAAAGCAAUAUAACAUUUGUUGCCAAGUCCAAAUGAAAACAGUUUAAGUUUUGACCGACAUUUAGCAAUAGAAAAAAAAACUGUGUAUAUACAAUAAAUAUCUCUCUUGCAAUUAAACCACAGAAGCAUUCAA